AUGAAGACUUCACGGCUCUCCCUCCUUCUAAGGCAAUCUACAUCAGCCCAUCUGCGGCUGCAGUCAGCUCACCGUCUGCAGCGACGCAGUCUGAGCGCCGCCGCAGGCUCAAAUGCUAUCCGUGACCUCCUCAAGGUGUCCCCGGAGGUGUCCGAUGCUAUUGCAAACAACAAGCCCGUUGUUGCUCUGGAGUCGACCAUUUACACCCAUGGAGCCCUAGGAAAGGAUCUGGCACGGGAGCAUGAGGACCUGGUGCGCAGCACUGGCGGCAUCCCGGCUAUCAUCGCCAUUGUAGAUGGCGUGCCGAAAGUGGGUGUUUCGACAGAUGAGAUUGUCCGGAUGAUUGAGGAGGAGGGCACGUCCAAGGCUUCACGAAGAGACAUUGCCUACUUGGUUGGCAUGGGCCUCGCAGGACGCAAGAUGCACGGCGGUACAACAAUCGCCGGCACCAUGCUCUUGGCUCGACUAGCCGGUAUCCGAGUCUUUGGAACCGGUGGUCUUGGUGGUGUCCACCGCGGCGGUGAAAACUCGUUGGACAUCUCUGCCGACCUUACGGAGCUGGGAAGGACACGAGUUGCCGUCAUCAGCAGCGGCUGCAAGGGUUUCUUGGAUAUCCCCCGCACAUUGGAAUAUCUCGAGACUCAGGGAGCCCUGGUAUCGACCUUUGCUGAUGGACGCACCGGUAAGAUUGAUUUCCCAGCUUUCUGGGCAAGGGACAGUGGCGUCAAGAGCCCGUCCGUCGUCUACACCGAAAAGGAGGCCGCCGCCAUCAUUCUGGCUCAGGAAAAGCUCGGUAUCGAGUCCGGCAUGCUCUUUGCCAAUCCCAUCCCCGAGGAGUUUGGCGUUCCCUCACAGGAGAUGCAGGAUCACAUUGAGCUGGCCGUAGCGGAGGCGAACGAAAAGGGCUUCACGGGCAGCGCCAACACCCCCUACGUUCUGCAGAGGCUAAAGGAGCUCACCGGCGAAAGGGCAGUCAUUGCCAACAAACAACUGGUCCGUUCCAACAUUGUUAGAGCGACCAACAUCGCGGUGGAGCUGUCGCGCUUGCUGAGCAAGGGAACGAGCUCAAGUUCAUCAGAUCAUAAUGUGGCGUUUGCAUCAAAGACCGAGAAUAAACCUUUGGCUCCGCUGAGAGCAGAUUCUAAAGCUGAUAUCCUUGUCGCUGGGUCGGUUGCUGUCGACCUUAGCUGUGAUUAUUCCAGUCUCAAGGGUGGCGAUGGCCAGCCUCAACCCCAUACGUCUAAUCCUGCCAGCAUAACCCAAUCGAUCGGCGGUGUGGGACACAAUGUUGCCCUAGCUGCCCAUCGAGCAAGCAGACAGGCUCAAGUCAAGUUUAGUAGCAUGGUGGGCGAUGACAUUGCGGGUGCAACAGUUCUCUCAGCUUUGGAAGCCUCAGGACUCGAUUCCACAUAUGUCAAGAAAAUUGACCAGACGGAGCAUCCUGGAAGUCGAACCGCUCAGUACGUCGCCAUCAACGACAGCAGCAAGAACCUCGUCAUGGCCAUGGCAGACAUGGGUAUUUUCACGCAACACUUGUUCCCCGAAGACUGGAAAUCAACCAUCAAGGCGACAGAUCCCAAGUGGUUAGUUGUGGAUGGCAACUGGAGUCCCAAGGGCAUAAGAUCAUGGAUUCAUUCGGCCAAUGAGCACGGAAGCAAGGUCGCCUUCGAACCGGUCUCGGUUGAAAAAUCCAAGAGCCUCUUUGGCCCCCAACGCGGAGUGCCAACACUCGGCGUCUACCCUAACCAAAGCGUCGACCUCUCUUCGCCCAACAUCUACGAGCUCUCGGCCAUGUACUCUGCCGCCAAGGAUAACGGCUAUCUAGACAGUCCGGACUGGUUCGAGGUUAUCGAUUCCUUUGGCAUGCGUGGAGCCAGAGACCGGUUCGUCCGUCUCACAUCAGUGGAGUUGACGGAUGCCGGUGUACCUGUGCAGUCUAUCCAAUUACUUCCCUACAUCCCGACAUUAAUCACAAAGCUCGGAUCCAAGGGCGUCCUUCUGACCACCAUUCUUGGGAAAGACGACCCUCGGCUUCGGGACCGAGAGAGUGACGAAUACAUCCUAACUCGAUCAUUUGAUGGGAACCCUGCGAUUGGCGGUAUCUACAUGCGGCUAUUCCCUCCAGUCGAACAUGUGGAAAAUAUAGUUUCCGUGAAUGGCGUUGGAGAUACGUUCCUUGGCGUCAUGGUGUCGGGCCUUGCUCAGGGAGGAAGAGUGGACAAGCUGGUGGAUGUUGCUCAGAGAGGAGCGGUGUACACGCUGAAGUGCGCAGAGUCUGUGAGCAAAGACGUUUCAAAAUUGGAGAGCGAACUGGAAAUAGUUGCAUUGAUGAAAUAG